AUGAGUGAUCCUGAAUUACAUGCUAUAAAGUCCAACGUUCAUGUUGAUGACUUAAAUGUUAAGUCUAUAUUAUCAAACAGGGGGAUCACUAUUAAUGUUGAUCAUGAAAUAGAUAGUGAUGAAGCUAUGAUUUUGGCUUUAGGUUAUAAGCAAGAAUUUAAGAGAGAAUUCAAUUUAUGGACUGUUUUUGCAGUAUCAUUUUCAGUUUUAGGUUUAUUGCCUUCUAUUGCUGCAUGUUUAGAUUAUCAACAAUUGGUUAUUGGUGCCUCACCAGUUCCAUGGAUUUUAGCUAUUAUUUUCAUUACUUCAGUGGCUUUAUCAAUGGCUGAAGUGGCUUCAGCUUUCCCAACAAGUAGUGGUACUCCUUAUGCUGUAAGUCAAUUGGCUCCUCCUUCAAUUGCUCCAAUUAUGACUUGGUUAACUUGUUGGUCAAAUUGGUUAUGUCAAAUUACUGGUUCUCCUUCAGUUAAUUAUUCUGGUGCCUCCUUAAUGUUUGCUUUGGGUACUUAUAAUAAUCCAAGUUUCCAACCAACUGUUGGUCAAUCAUAUGCUUUAACUUUAGGUAUUCAAAUCGUUUGUAGUAUUUUGACUUCUUUACCAACUAAAUGGAUUUCAAGAAUUAAUAGUGUAGGUACUAUUUGUAAUAUUGCCUUCUUAGCUAUCGUUUUCAUUUUAAUCUUAGCUUGUAACAAAAGACAAGAAAUUUUUGCUGGUGAUUCCGAUUUCGGUUCAAUUCCAAAAUUCAAUUCUAAUGGUGAAGCCUGGGGGUUAUAUAAUCAAACUGAAUGGCCAACUGGUAUUGCUAUGUUAAUGUCAUUCUUAGGGGUUAUCUGGGCCAUGUCCGGUUAUGAUUCUCCUUUCCAUUUAUCAGAAGAAUGUUCCAAUGCCUCUUCUGCUGUUCCAAAAGCUAUUGUUAUGACAGCUGUUGGUGGUGGUGUUAUUGGUUUCAUGUUUAUGUUGGCUAUGUCUUAUACUAUUGUUUCUUUAGAUUUAAUCACUGAAGAUCCUCAAAACUUAGGUCAACCUUUCGUUUCUUACUUAGCUCAAAUUCUUGAAAAACCAAUUGUCAAUACCGCUACUGCUAUGACUGUUAUUGCUUCUUUCUUUAUGGGUGAAAGUUGUAUGGUCUCUGCUUCAAGAGUCACUUACGCUUAUUCAAGAGAUGGUUUAUUCCCAUUUUUCUCAGGGAUUGGUGCCAAAGUUAACACUAUCACCAAAACUCCUGUUAACGCCGUUUGGAUCAACUUUGUUAUUGGUCAAUUAUUAUUAUUAUUAAUGUUAGCUAAUGACACUGCUGUUGGAGCUAUUUUCUCAGUGGGUGGUAUCGCUGGUUUCGUUUCAUUUAUCACUCCAAUUAUCUUCAAAAUUACUUAUAGUUAUCACACCUUCAAAAGAGGUCCAUUCCAUUUAGGUAAAUUCUCAAGACCUUUAGGUUUCUUAAGUGUUUCCUUUGUGGUGGUUAUGAUUCCAAUCUUAUGUUUCCCAUAUGUUAGAGGUGGUGAUUUGACUUUAGAUGCUAUGAACUGGACUGCUGUGGUUUAUUUCGGUCCAAUGUUAAUGGCUUUGGUUUAUUUCUUAGUUGAUGCUCAUAAAUGGUAUAAAGGUCCAAAAUCUAAUUUGGACGAAGGUACUAUAACUUAUGCUGUCGAUGGAAUUCCAGAAGAAUAUGAAAAGGAAUCCAAAGAAAAGCAAGAUUCAAGUGAUUAA